AUGAUCAGAUCAGUAACAAGACCAUUGAAGUUGUAUAUCGGUGCAGGAAAUGUAGCUCAAAUAGACCUACAGUUUGGUCAUAGGAUUAUAUCAGAGAUGAACGACUUACAAAAUAUAUUUUCAAGAGACACAUUGUAA